AGAGCGAGCUGAGGAAUUCAACAGGUACAUAGAGACAUUUCUGAGCUCUCAGUUUUUUUUCUCUCUCUCUCUGACAGUCCCAGCGUGGAUGUACUGCCUGGAAGAAAACCGAGUGCCUGCACACAUUGUGUGUGAUGGAUGUUAUUAGAGACUGUGUGGAUUGGAAAGCUCUCACUCUGCAUUAAUUUGAAAAACGGAAUAUUUUUACUCGAGAGGUAUUUUGAUCGGUGAAGCGGAAUUGAAAGACAACAGAAAGUAGGCCUACUCCUCAUUAAGCAGCAGUACUUUCCCCGUCAUGAAGAGGUCUCUUCUUUUCCCGAGCUGGGUUAGAGUGGCGAGCUUGUUCCUGUGUUUGACUCAGACGGUCCUGGCCGUGGUCCUCAACAACUCCACACAACUCGAGUCCAUCCUGGACAAGUACAAGGACAAGGACGAGGAGUGGUGGAGGGCCAGGUCGAGAGGGAGGAGGGCCAUCAGUGAAGGAGACAUGCACCUGAUCCUGAACCUGCACAACAAGCUGCGGGGUGAGGUCCACCCUCCUGCCUCCAACAUGGAGUACAUGGUUUGGGAUUACGAGUUAGAGAGGAGUGCAGAGCACUGGGCUCAUACCUGCCGAUGGGAACAUGGACCGAGCCACAUGUUGACACAAAUAGGCCAAAACCUCGGAGCUCACUGGGGCAGGGACCGCCCCCCUACCUUUCAUGUCCAGGCGUGGUAUGAUGAGGUGAGGCACUACAGCUACCCCUACUCCCAGGAGUGUAACCCACACUGCCCGUUCAGAUGUUCAGGACCAGUUUGUACUCACUACACUCAGUUGGUGUGGGCGACAAGCAAUCGCAUCGGCUGUGCCAUCAACGUGUGUUACAACAUGAACGUGUGGGGAAUGAUCUGGGCCAAAGCUGUCUAUCUGGUCUGCAACUACUCCCCACCGGGUAACUGGUGGGGUCAUGCUCCAUACAAAUAUGGAGCUCCUUGUUCUGCUUGUCCAGCGAGCUACGCUGGAGGCUGCCGGGACAAUCUCUGUUACAAAGAUGGGGGCGUUGAAAGGCGCCCAGCUCCUGAGACCGAGGAGACGAACUUCAUCGAACCAGAGCCUGAACCAGUGAGGGACAGGGAGCCUGAACCCCGGGCUCAGACACCAGACCCCUCCCCCAAUGAAAACCUAGACAGAAACAGGAUGGUCAGCACAGAACAGAUGUGCCAACAGGUGGAGUGUGAGACUAAGCUGAGAGAUCAGUGCAAGGGAACCACCUGUAACAGAUACGAGUGUCCACCCGGCUGCUUGGACAGCCCUGGAAAAGUAGUCGGGACUGGAUAUUACGACAUGCAAUCCAGCGUGUGUGCAGCUGCUUUACACUCGGGUGUUAUUGACAAUGAUGGAGGGUGGCUGGAUGUGACCAGACUGGGCAGAAAACAACAAUUCACCAAGUCAUACAAGAAUGGUAUUCAGUCACUUGGGAAAAACAGGAGCGCAAAUUCCUUCAAAGUAGAAACAGUACCUGUAAAGGCAGUACUGUGUGAUACCACCGUUGCAACGUUCUGCCCCUUCAAGAAACCUGUACGACAUUGUCCCAGGCUUUAUUGUCCCAGGAACUGCUUACGGGACAGUCGAGCUCGAGUCAUUGGGACAAACUACUUCUCAGAUAAAUCCAGUAUCUGUCGAGCAGCCAUUCAUGCAGGAGUGAUCCAGACUGAGUCAGGAGGGUACCUUGAUGUGAUGCCUGUGGACAAAAGGAGGCAGUACAUCGGCAGUCACCAGAACGGCAUCACCUCAGACAGCCUGCUUAACCCGACAGCUGGAAAAGCCUUCAGAGUGUUUGCCGUCAUCUGAAAAAGCCACUCUUAAAGGACACAGAACUGUCAGACAUGGCCUCUUCACAUCCAACAAACCUACUCAUUAUCAUCUCACAACCUGUAAUGACCUUUACUGCUACAAUAAAAUAUCCCACGUUCAACCUUGAAAAAGACACUUUAAGUGUAACAUGACUUCACUCUGGGCCGCCCCUCCAAGUCUGGUCAUAGUUUAAUGAGAGUCUAAUAUUAGCAAAGGAUGACUGGUGAAUUAUGCUGUUGGAUAUGUGUUGGCUUACGUCUUUUUUAAAUAUCCAGAGCUGACCGUAAUAUUUACUUUGGACCUCUAGGCAUCUUUCACUGACAUUAUGUCAUGACAUCAUGCUUUUUAAUUCUAAAAAGUAUACUAUGCAACUUUCAGAGUAGAUAUCCAGUAUACGUCACCUUUUUAGCAUCAGUCUCUCAAAUAAAAACAAACCUCACCCCAUCCUCCUCCUCCUCUCACCCCUCCCUCAGAGUUCUGACCGAGUGCAGCCGUUAGCGGGACUGAUCUCCAUUCAGAGUUCAGUUUCUUACGUCUUUGAAAUAUUUCACACCAAACAAGGCAUUUUCUUCGUUCUCCUUGAAAAGUACUCUUGCGACGAAGCUCCGCCAUUUUGCCUCUUCACACAGCGUCCCUGAGUGGGCGGGGCUGGCUGUCUUCCUCAAGGGUGGUGGCAGGGCUUGACGUUAGAGGGAGGGGUUCACGUCUAAAAACAUGUAUACAAUUGUCAGUGUGAACCAUGGACUGUAUAUACUGGUGGACAGCGUCUCUCAGCCUCCCUCGACCGUUGACAUAUUUGUGCAGUAGGGAUCGACUGAAAGAGCAGCAGUAUUGACAUUUCCGCUAAUAAAAAAAUAACGUUUAACUCACUGAUAAAAGGGCAUAAAUCCCUCAGGUGGGCGGAGUUUAUGACCUAUACUGCAGCCAGGCAGCAGGGGGAGCUCUAAAUAUUAAGACUUCACUCUAAGCAGGUCUAUACAGUCUAUGGUGUGAACACAGAGUUGACAACAACAAAUCCAGAGGGUGUUUGACUUUUUAUUUUUCAUUACUCUGAUUUUUUUUUUUACAUCUGCUAUAUUUAAGUUUGAAAUGUAGCAUACUAUACCUUUAAGAUCAGAUCAGAUCGGCCCCUCUUCACCACUCUACGGAGGACCAAACUACAGCUCACUUUGAAUGCAAUCUGUUUUUGUUUUUUUUAUAGUGGAUAAGCUCAAGAACAGGUGUUAAAUAUUAACUAGAAAGAAUUUCAAAUUUGGCAUUUUGAAGAUAGACCUAAUUAUCUCUAACUUUGUUUCAGUGGUGAAUAAAAGAUACGUCACAUGAGGAGGAAACUGUUUUUUAACUUCCUGUUCAGCCUGGUCUCGGCCUUCAUACAUCCUUUCUCUUCUCGCAGUGGUAACACACAGUACAGCGGGAAUGCUCGCAGUAAAAACCAUGUUGUAUAUUUGUACAUAAAAGUGUAAAUAAUAUUGAACACUAUGCUAUGAGAAGUUUGCUUCCGUUACCUUUUUCCUUUAACACUUUCAACACUUCAAAGAAGUGGAUGCUUAAAUUCAUUCUGCAUGCAAAACUUAUAUUUAUCACUCAAGUGUUUAUUUUUUUGUGAAGGUCAAAUGACACCAUCAUUUCAAAGUAUUCAUGUGCUGUAAAUAUUGUGUCUGUAACAUAGUUACAUCAAUUCCAAGCUUUUGUUAAAAGAUUUCUAUAAAUGGACCCUGGCUGGCCAGGAA